GGGAAAGAAUGAAUAACUAGCAGAAAGCAGGAGAAACCGGUGCAGAGAUGAGCACUGAUACAACACUGUGAAAAACAGACACACGGAUACUACGGCCGACCAGUCUCUCACCUCUCUCAAAUCAUAGAAAGAUGGCAUUACCCGCAACCUUUCUCUCUGAGGACCAGUUCUCCUGCUCCAUCUGCCUCGAGAUCUUCAACAACCCAGUGUCUACACCAUGUGGUCACAGCUACUGCCAGGCCUGCAUCUCCUAUUAUUGGAACACCAGUAAAACCACCUCCAGAGCCUCCAAAAUGUACCAGUGUCCAAUGUGCAAAGAAAGCUUCAACCGCCGCCCAGAGCUGCACAUAAACCGCACACUGAAGGAGAUCACGGAGCAUUUCAAACAAGCGGCCAUGACAGGAGGACCUGUGGCCGGGGAGGCCAGGAGCUGGCAGGACCACAGCCCCAUGUCAAUGAGGCGCACAUCCACAUCCAACAGAGGUGAGCUGCCCGAGGGAGUUAUUAAUGAGAUGAUGAAUCGCUUUCAGAAGACAAACAAAGACCAUGAUGACCUCCCUCCGCCUUACACUCUUCAACGCAGAUACACGGUGAGCAGUGCCCAUGACCAGGACCCGAGCCUCCCCUUGUGCCCGCUACACCUGUGCCCGCUGCACUUGUUCUGCCGUGUGGACAAUGUGUGUGUGUGCAGCACGUGUGUGGAGUCAUCUGACCACAGGGGGCACAGCGUCACGCCCGUCAAGAGGGAGUGGCAGAUCAGGAAGUCUCAGUUGGGGAUCGUGGACGUGGAGCUCAAAGACCUGAUCAGUGAACGAGAGGCAAAAGUCCUGGAGAUUCAAAGCACUCUACUCGACAUAAAUGCUGCAGCUGAGAGGGAGACAGGGGAGGCAGUGAAUGCGUUUUUAAACCUCAUUACCAACGUGCAGCUCUGUCAGGCCGAAAUACUGGAGGUUAUAGAGUUGAGUCGCAAAGCUGCGGAGUACAGGGCCCAGAGGCUGCUGAAUGAACUGGAGGAAGAACUGUCAGAAUUGAAGAAGAGGAAAGCCGCUCUGGACCAAAUUUUCCAGACGGACAACUACAUACAACUCCUCACUACGUUCUCCUCUCUCUCUGCUGUUCCCCAAACCAAAGACUGGUCCAGUGCAGCUGUGAGCUCAGAGCCGUCCUCUGGUGUCAUCCUGAGGAACAUCACUCAAACCAUGGACCGCUUUAAGGAGGAGAUGUGCAAACUCACAGAAGUCUGGAAAGGACAAAAACCAGAAUUGGAGCAGCCUGUGAUCAAGCACAAUCCAAAGGUCAAAAAAGUCCAGGAAUAUGCAGAGGACAUCACACUGGACCCUAACACGGCUCACCCUCGCCUGGUCAUCUCUGUGGAUGGGAAGCAGGUGUUCUGUGGAGAGAAGCAUCAGGUGGUCCCUGACAGCCCAGAGCGGUUCAAUCGCGUGGUGUGUGCCCUGGCCAGGGAGGGCUUCGACUGUGGGCGCCACUACUGGGAGGUGGAGGUUGGCAGUAAGACCGACUGGGAUCUUGGCAUAGCGAGUCGCUCCGUGUGCAGAAAGGGUAAAAUCACUGUCAGCCCGGCUCAUGGAUACUGGUUCUUGAGUUUACGCGACCAAACAGACUACGCCUUCAGAACUGAGCCGUCCACUGCACUCACCGUGACCCAGCGCCCCUCUCGCAUCGGCGUCUUCCUGGAUUAUGAGAAAGGAAUCGUGUCUUUCUACAAUGUGGAUGCCAAAGUGCUCAUGUACACGUUCAAUGCCAGGUUUACUGAUGUCAUCCUGCCUUUCUUCAGCCCCUGCACCAACAAGUCUGGCAAAAAUGAGGCUCCGCUGAUCAUCUGUCCUGUGUCUACUAUUGAGUAAAAGCUUGUUAACUUUUUCUACCCUUUUCCAUGAAUUAAAAAACAUUAACCUUAUGAUUUAUUUUGGAAACCUGAAAAAUUCUAAAAGAUAUAUACUGCAUUAAACUGAAGUAAUCAACAUCUAAUCUAAACCCCAAGAAAAUCCUUACUACAUAUGUAUGUUUAAUGCUCCAGGCAACUGGGAGGUCAGUUAUUUCCCACUUGAACAUUAUGAGUUCUGACCUCAGAGCAUUCCAGUUAAUGAAUAUGCUAAUGUUAAACCAUAGGCUAAACUGUCUGUCUCUAUGCUAAUUAAAACAAUAUUGUUUUACCUGUACCGAUGUUUGAAUCGUUUAUCAAGAAAAAAAUUAACAAAUCACAUUUCACAACCCAAAUGCAGAC